UUCGUGUUAAAAAUAGAAUGUCGGAUGCUAAAAAUUUCAAAGAUGUUGGUCUAACUAAUGAAAAUACUCAAAACAUUAAUUCUAGUACUGCAAGUAGUGACUUUGAUCGACUUGAAGACUGUAAUGAAGCAGAAUUUCGUGGCGCAACUUUAUCGUUGUCUCAGGAGACUUCACCCCCAGAAUCUAUUACGGCUAAUGAUGAUCCCAACGGGAACGUCAAUGGUGGUGGCUCUGCAGCUGAUGGGAACCAGCGUUCUGCAUCAUUAAGAACAUUACCUACUAGUAAUGUGCAAGACUUUUUUGCUGUACGAGAAGGAGCUCUUCAGAAAGCUGCUGAACAAUGCAGACCUGUACUUUUGGAACAGCUUGAUGGUGAUCUUCGAGGCAUUUGGUUACUGACAGAAAUUGAUCAUUGGGAUACUGAAAAAGAACGAUUGCUCUUUUUGACUGAGAAGAGUUUGAUAUCAUUAAAGUAUGACUUCAUAACUUUGAAGUUAUUGGAAUACAAGCGCCAUAAUCUGACACAGUUUAAGCGCAUUACAAUUGGUGAACUGAAGUAUCCUGAAACUUCUCUUAUGCCGAAGAUAAAUGGAGCCAUGGAUUUUUUUAAACAAAGAGUUAUCCCCAAAAUAAGACAAGGCCGAAAUUUUCGACAGAACCUAAAUUCUAAUGACAUGAAGCUAACAGUUGUAGCAAAUAAGCCUAGGUUAGCAGCAUCUAGAAAUCAGCUAGGUGUACAGUGUUUUUGGGGUGAAAAUGAUCAGCUUCCCAUAUUGAAGAGGUGGAAUCCAUGGAGCAGAGAUAUACCAUGGGUAACAUAUACAUCUCAUCCUCUUUUUAAAAUGGAUACAACAGAAAAGACAAAUUACAACAUCGAAGAUUUUGCUAAGAAAUUGACAAACACAAUUGCUGCAAGAAGUACACAAAGUACCCCAACUGCUUCUCCGACUGAGAAGACUAGCCAGAUUUUAUACCAGCCAAUAAUAAUUGAAUCUUAUGCUGGGCUUGCUGCAGCAUUACACAAUGCUAAUGAGUUGGGCUUUUUCAAAUCACGUGGUAAAGUUAGUUUUUAAAUGUACAUAUAUGAGCUUAAUCAGAGGUAACUCUUCCAUGUUUUCUAGAAAACACAAGAGGAAAAAAAAAAAACUUUUUUUUUAUAAGCAUAAUAUUGUAAGGAAUUCCAACCUCUAAAUGAAAAAGGAACUCAAGAAAUUUGCGCAGAAAAACUCUCCUGUGAGAAGCGAGCAUAAAAAUAUUUUUGCAGGCAAAACUUACCGUUUAUGUAAUAAUUAGAGUUGAUUACAGACAAUUCUAUUAUUUUUCAAAAAUAAAAUAAAAAUAACUAAGGAUUUUUUUCCUCAUUUUAGCAUAAGAAAAAAAAUAUUUUGCGCUAAAACGAUUAAUGUAUAGAGUGUUUCUUUAUCAAACAACUAAAUUUUACUGGAAGAAAAGAUAUUUUCAAGAUAAUUUUUUAAUUGACGAAUUAAGUGUUAGGAACUAAUGGACUGUUGUGACCGAAAAUUACAUUUAAAAUUUGAAUACCCCUUUUGAAUGAAAUUUCUAUGGGUAAAAUGAAUUGCAGCAUAUAGAAAUAUAUGAAAAAGGAAAUUAAAUGCUGAACCUAAUGUAAAACUGAAACUGUCAGACAUGACAUUUGAGCCAAAAUUUGAAACUCUUUGUUUCACAGCCCCCCCCCCCCCAUUAAGGAUCCUUUCUAAGUGUGCUGAAACUCAAAGAAUUAUCACUGGGUUUGUCUAGUUGAGUUGGUUUUCUACUAAUUUUUUCGCUGUCAUUUUAAGUUUGUAGCAAUGUUCGUACUUCUAUAUUUUGCAAUUAUUAUUUUUAUUUC